AUGUAUUCGAUUAUUUUACCAACUCUCGGAGCGACCGAACUUCCGAACAAGUCUCAUCGACACCUCCAACCGACUAAGAAAAUGCGAUCGCUCUUUGAGCCUUCGUUGAAAUUUCUCUUAAUCUUUUACUCUCUUUUUCAUUAUUCUUCGGCUUAUCGACGAGACAAAAGAUAUUUGGUUUUUCCAACACCGAGUGCCAACGCAGCAACGAAAGUACAGCUAAUCCUCGGGCUCGGUUUACCCAUGGAGGUCGACGUCAGCAUGAUUAUCGGAUAUGUGAUGAAAUUUAAUUACGUCCUGCCCUAUAACGCCUCCUACUUGACGGAUUCAUUCGUACGGUAUGAGAGAUCGAUCGACCAUGACGAUUCCGUGAAGGAGAACAAUGGAUUUGACGUUCGAACAUCGAAUAUACCUGACUCACUGACUACAUCCAGGUGGGAACUCUACGAGAUCAUCGAAUCGGUUUUGGAAAAUUCGCAUUAUGGCAAAGUCUGUCUUUUAAGAAUGAUUUGCGAGGCUGCUGAUGUACCAUUUAACAGAAUGCACGGACUCGCAGGACAAUUAUUUCGUGUACUUUUCACGCCUUCAACAACCUCGGACACAUUUAGAUCUCAUGCCGAUCAGGAAUAUCACGGUGCGGAAUUGGCAGGUCGACAAAAUCCCGAGCGAUGUCAGAGUAUAUUUUCCGAAUGUCCGGAAAGUCUGCUCGAAUACUUUACCGAGAUUCGAGAAUAAUUUAUCGCUUAAAUGUUGUCGUUUCGCCUACGCAUCGACGUUAUACCGUUUGCAAACGUCCAUUCGAACUCAUUCUCCUUCGGGGCUGAACUAAUAAAGUUGAUUCGAAUCCCGCAAUGUUACGA